GGUCUGCAGCCAGUCACUUAUAAACAGUCUCUCCUGCCACCAUGAAUGAGGUCAAGGUGCAGCAAGUUGUGCGGAUCGAGAAGAAGCUGGGACGCUUGGAGCUGCUCAAUUGGCUAAAUGAAACGCUUCGGACUGACUAUGCGAAGGUUCAGGACUGUGCCGAUGGCAUAGCUUAUUGCCAGCUCAUCGACACCCUGGCACCGGGGCUCGUUCCCCUCCAUAAGCUGAGCUUCACAGCCCGGACGUUGGAUGACAACAUGAAGAAUCUGCGGAUCCUGGAGGAGGCAAUGUAUAAGCUCGGGGUUCGGAAGGACAUUGACGUGCCGGGACUUGCAAAGGGCAAGUUCCAGGAGAACAACGAGUUUUUGCAGUGGCUGCAUGCGCUCCUCCAAAAGAACAGUUACGUCCCUCCCGAUGCAUAUAAGGCUUUCGAGAGGCGCUGGGCGGCUCAGGAGCGCCAGAAGAAGGGCGCGGGGGGGGUUGGGAGUCGGUCUAAAGGGCGGCAGCACCAGCUGAAUAACAACCUGGUGCCGAACGAGUAUGAAUGGCACGAGGGCCCAGUACGAGACGCUCCCCCUCAGGCCAAACCCCCCAUUCUAAACGGCGUCAAACCCGCUCGCCCUUCCGUGGACACAGCAAAGCGACAGAGCAGUAACGCAGCCGAAAGCACCGGUCUUGACCCCCCGAGAAGACCGAGAGGCCCUGUUGGCGAAACGCCGAGCCUGGCCGCCCCUAGUAGAACUCGUCCCGACAGGGCCUCAGCUGACGGGCCGGUGUUAAUGGAGAGUAGAACGGCUGCUCGGGGGAGUGACGAUUGGAAGGGGUUGGAUGAGCGCGUGAGCUGGAUCGGGGGGACGCUCGGGCGCGGUAAAGAAGCCUGGUUGGCGGACCCCCUUUUUGCGGAGUUGGAGGAUUUGCAGUUCGAGGGGGGCAACAGCUUGAGAGACGCACGGGGAAGCGAGAUCGACGCGAGAGAGGCGUCGCGAAACGCGAAGGGGGAUGCGAGAAACAAGAGAGAGGAUCUAGGAGGAGAGCGACUUUCAGGGAUUGAGUCUCAUCGAACGAGCGAACUAGACCGGGGAGCGAGAGCGUCGAGCGAGCAAGAAUCGGGGAGUGAACGGAUGAGCGACGCCGUGGGGGGGUCGAGAAGACCUAGCGGCACAGGCGGUGAGAGUCGGAGAGAUAGCGAGCAGAAGGGGGGCAAAAUAAAGUCGAGCGCGCAAGAGCGGGGGUCAAUAGCGUCAGGCGGCGGGGGGGUGGCACAAACGAGGCGGCAACAAGCGGAGCUUGAGAGCCUGAUUGCGUACUUGGAAAGCGAGCUGGUCUCGCGGUUGCGGGCAUUUGCGGACCUCAAGAAGGAGGUGAAGCUGGUGGACGAAGAGAGAAGGUUCUAUCACGAAAAGCUGCGGAGAUUGGAGAAGCUAUGCGAGCAUGCUCACUCCGUUGAUGCCGUCACUGAGAUGGUGUUGCACGUGGUCGACAUUCUGUCCAAUGAAGACGACUGUCCAGCCAUUAAGGACGUGUUGACAAGGACUUGAUCUGCUUUUUACUAGAAAGUAAGCAAGGGUCAGGUACUAACAAACAGGCGCGUUUCGACGACCAAGGUCACCGUAUUGGGUGGUAGUCAAUAUCUGUUCACAACGUCCUUAAGCUUUGGUUGCGGUGCACGGUCUUUGCUGAGACCCCUCUACCGAGGCGCUCAGUCACUCCCAGUGAUUUGUUGUGAGACAUCGUUGAGGAGAUGUUGGAUCACUAGGCAGGUCCUGUAAAUGCUGCCUAGCAUGCCGCUGCUGUUGAUGGAAUUCACUGGGCCUAAGGUGCACAACUGUAAUCAUACAUGUGCUUUCAAGUUUG